CGUUGUGAACAGAAGGCGAGGAAAGCUACUACACAACAUGGCUUCCUAUUUCGCCUUCAGCUGUAUAUUCUUGGCAAGCGUUGGUAUCUGCUCUGCAACAUUUGGAAGCGAACAUAUUCAUAUCCGAGUACAUAUUCCUGAUCAUCAUUCAUCUCAUGGGAGUGAACAUCACGGCGGUGGUGGAUUCACCGAACAUCUCCACGGAGGAUUCAUUGACCACCUCAAAGGAAGCCAUGGCGGUUACGGCGGAGGAUUUGGGGGUGAUAUAGGUGGACAUGGAGGAUUCGGAGGCGGACAUGGUGCUGACUUGGGAGGUCACGAUAUUGGCCAUGGUCAUGAUUUUGGAGGCGAUCAUGGAUACACAUUAGGGCAUGGUGGAAUUGGGGGAGGCCACGGUGACAUAGGAGGGGGGCAUGGUGAUAUUGGAGGGGGACAUGGAGGAUAUGAUGCAGGUCACGGUGGAUUUGGCGGAGGUCAUAUCGAUAUUGGAGGUGGGCAUGGCGGAUAUGAUGGAGGUCACGGUGGCUAUGGUGGAGGUCAUAUCGAUAUUGGAGGUGGGCAUGGUGGAAUAGGAGGUGGUCAUGAUGAUAUCGGGGGAGGACAUGGUGGAUUUGGAGGUGGGCAAAUCGAUAUUGGCGGAGGACAUGGUGGGUUUGGAGGAGGGCAUGGCGGAAUCGGCGAAGGUCUUGGUGGUAUAGGAGGAGGUCAUGGAGGUGGUUUUGGAGGAGGUUAUAGCAGCCAUGAUGAUGGUCUAUCUCACGGCAGUUUCGGGGGUGGACAUGGUGGUUUUGAAGGUCAAGGAAGCUUAGGUGGUGGCUACGAUAGUCAUGGUAGUGGCUUCGGAGGUGGCAGUUUGGAUAUCGGUGGCUAUGGAGGCCAUGGUCAUGGCUCUGGUGGAUAUUCCGGUCACAGUUCUGGUCAUACAGUCGCUAUACAACAUCAUGAUAGCUCUGGUGGUCUAGGAGGCCUUGGUCACGCCAGCCACGGAGGCUUUAGCGGAUCUUUUGGCCAUGGUGGUCAUGACAGUUAUAGCGCUGGUGCUCUGGGUGGUCAUGGAGGUUUUAAUGGGGGUCACUCCGGCUCGGAUACUGGAAAUGCUCAUGGAGAUAGUUAUAGUAUAGGUGGCCAGGCAGAUAGUUACAGUGUAGGUGGUCAUUCAGACUUUGGCGGUCAUGGUGAUAGUUACACGAAUGCAAUAGGUGCCGGUCAUGGCGGCGGGCCAUAUCAUAGAAAAUAGGAAACCUGUUUUGAUUAAACUGCGUCAAUGACAAUUCCACAGUGAAAUGAAUCCAGUAUUAAAGUACAGUCAACUCAUUUGGUUUGUAGAGCACAAUCGAACGAUAAAAAAUGUCAGUAUGUGUAAAGAUUUACAAGAAUAAAGCAAAAAUUGCCAAUUGACUAAGAUAAUGUCGCCUGAAGAUACCCACUAAAGUAAUCUAGAACUUAAUGUUUUGGAAUACAGAGCACCCACUGAACGCAUAUAAAAAAACGAGGCACCCAAAUGAGAUUCUGGAAUGGGCUGCAAAUUAGAACUGUACACAAAAAUGAUGUUGUAAAUAGGUAUAGAUAUAAGUUAUUGUUAUGUUUGAAAGACUUAAUUAUAUUAUAUUAAUUUAAA